AUGUCGGAUUUGAACGCAAUGGGCAUGAUUGCGCGCAUUACAAUUGAGCCAAACGACGGGGCCGAAGCUAUCUGGCUGAAGAAGCUUGUCACAUCAAUUUUUGCAACAGAGAUUGUGAUUUUAUCAUACUUGGCAUAUGCUCAAGGAAUUCCCAAUGCCCCAAAUGUAUCGCGCAUUAUAGAAUUGACCACGCUUGUUGGAGUCGAGCCUACGACUUGGAGGGAUGCGAUCGAUGAAGUCCGGACAGUCACAGUGAGGCAACAGCUCUUGAGGAGUAACAAUGUUGCUUGCGUUGGUAUCGAGUUAGAACAAAAGUACUUGAAAGGAUUCGCGAAAGAGAGGAUCUGCAAUCACGGCUCCUAUCUCACCAAAUCGACAUGGCAAAUUCUUAAUAGUUCUGCCCAGAGAAGUCACGAAGCACUAGCGAUGCUGCGGAAUGAGCACGAAGAAGCCAGGAAACAACUGGAAGAGCUUACUCGACAAGUGGUCAAAGCGAGUGGAGCGCCAGCACCAGCAGAUGGUGUCAACGACGGUGGUGACACAGAAGAAAUACAGGCAACACUGUUGUCUAUUCAGCCAGAAGUAGCCCAGUCAUCUCCCGGUGUUGAGAUUAAUAGCGGCUGA